AUGAAGGCCGCUGUCGUUCUGGUUUCUUUGUUUUUGGUAGCCUUCUCCCAGCAACAAAGCCAACUUGGCUGCGGGUUCAGUUGAGUUUCAAAUUCGAUUCUUGAAGGAUGUUGGUAUUUUCAGCUUGUAGCAGACGAACUUCGAUUUUGGGGAACGUUGACGGUCAACUUUCUGAAGCCAGGUGUUCUGAUGGAAAUGUGGCAAGUCGCUGUGGAGGAUGCUGUGCGGCCAGAGCUCUUCAAGCCGGUUUAGAUACAGUAAGUUCAUAUAACUUUUUUUGUUUUUUGAAACCUUCUGUUCGCUUUUCGAAUGCCUCAAGGCUGUUUCAAAUUCAGUUGUUUCCUGGCCUCAUUUUUUUCCGAUUUUACCAGUCAAGCCUCGAUUCCUGAAAGCUCGUGGAUUAGAAACAAUAAAUGCCGCAAAACGAUCUUUUUCCAGAACUCUGCUUCCGGAUUCCCAAGCAACGACGGUCGCGACUGCAUUUGCUGCUUCCGAAGAAACUGCGGAGGCCCUAUUCCUUUUGGAAACAAGUAG